AUGCAGCACAUUAUCAAGAGCACCACGCGCUUCUUCAUCCUCGUUGUCCAGAGUCACGGGUGCGCGGCCGUUCAUCAACUCGUUGGUUCAUCCAACACGUUGGAACUCGUCGUCGUCUUCGAAACCGCCAACAGAGACGCCGAACCAGACGACGACGAGUCAAAAUCAGACACAGGGACAGGUUAA